AUGUCCAUGUAUGCAAGGUCAAGCUGUUUGACAAUUUCAGCCAAGGAGAUCAUGUAUGGCACGAUGAUGUGCUGGAAGUCAGCAGACAGUGAGAAGGCGAUGUUGGUGAUGGUCUACUUGUUCCCAUCACCUACUGCGACGAAUGACAUUUGCAAGAGACUGGACCUUGGGUCGAACAUGGUUAAGGUCGGCCGAGCUCUAAGCAUCCCAGCUAAGUUUCAUGAGUGGCGCUGGCUGUUGAGCUAG